AUGAUGCCCAGCCAACAGGACAUCCUCACACUGAUCAUAUUUUUUAUUGCUUCAACUGCUGCAGUGGCUGUUUUUGAUCGGAAUACUACUCGUCCAUAUGUUGUGAAGAAGAAUUGGGUGGAAAAUUUCGUCAGAUUCCAAUAUGUCUUCGAGAAAAGUUGUGUGCCAACUAAUCGAGACGAUGGCGAUCUACUGGACGUUGGCAAACGAUUUAUUGAUACCGAUUUUGUGUUCGCAUGUGAGGAAAACGAAGAUGGUGUGAUGAGCUACGACGCCGUCGUUCCACCACAAAGCUCCGAAAUCGCCGUCGGGGAGCGGAGGGAGGAAGAGGGGAGAGAGAAACAGAAGAAGAUAUCACCGACCGUGAACGCUACACAAUUAACGGGUCGCCUUAUGGAAUGCUUCCGUCCUCAUCACAGUUAUUAUGAAAGUCAUGUCAUUGGUAGGUUGCCGUUAAAAGAGGAGCAUUUUAUAAAACCCAGAGAGAAAAAUCGCUCAAUCAAAACCCAAGGGGAAAAGAAAAAAGAAAACCAAAACAGCUUAGAACUUAUUUACAUAUUACUGAGGCCUGCAAUUUAUAGCGGGGCAAUUAAUACGCGUUGCGCCAUUGGUCGUAUUGGUGUUCGUUUUGACGAGUUCGUCGAGUUGGAUCUUGGGAAGUACGCGCAAUGUGAGCAGGACGACACAGGCAACGUGAAACUUCGACCUGUGCAGCUAGACGGCUUAGGAGAAAUCCGUCCCUUUGAAACUAACCGGAACCCACUGCUGAAUCACAUCUCUUCAGACUUGUCGUGUACGCACAACAACCGCACCUAUGCUCAUCUCAGCACAUGGACAGACAACGAACGUGGCGCUCGAAUGACAUGCAACUAUGGAAAUCUCCAGAAAACA